AUGAACUGCCAUCAUCUACCGAGAUUCUUCCAAAGCAAAGUCAAAAACGGAAGUCAGCCCUCUAUCAACCCUUUGGAUUUAUGGUUCCAACACUAUCAACCGACAUCAGCGACAAGAGAGUAUAAUAUUAAUAGUACUGAGAACUGCUGCCUGAGGUGGGAGCAGCUUCGUGACCGUUACCAAAAAACCGUCAUCCGCGUUGCAGAACACGUUCCGGAAGUGGUUGAAUUCGUUCGGGGUAUCAUCAAGAAUGGUUCAACUGGCUACGAAUUCGAAGGCAGUGUCUACUUUGAUACAGGCGCAUAUCCUUCAUCUCAACGACGAGGUUACGCUCAGUUGGAGCCCUGGAAUAAAGGAAACAGGGAAUUGACUAAAGGCGGAGACGGCAGAGACCCGAGUCACAUCUUUGGAUAUCUUGUUAAUGCGACAUUGGAGGACAUCGCAAUCCCACCACCUCGCAGUGCCAGCUAUGAGAGCUCGCCUCCACCGCUUGUGACACAGAUGCCAGCCCCGCCUGCAGAAGUCGCGUAUGAGACCUCCCGUCUACGUCCUUUACGUUGCUCGGGCGUCGACUCAAGUGCCUUGCCCUCUCCGAGACACGCCACAUCUCCGCAGACUAUGCUCGACAUGAACUCCCUUCAUGUAUUACCCACUCUUAGCUCUGCCUCAGUUUCUUCCAGUUCUGCAGAUGAGAAAUCACCCAGGAUGAGCAUCUCAUCCGUUGAGUCCGUUUCUUCGGUCAUGAUGCUGAUUAGCUCCGCCUCAGACCCAUUCUCUGGAGCUAUUAUGCAGGCAAAUCCAACUACUCUUACGUUCGGCUCUGGAUCAUUCGCACAUAGCACUCAGAUCGCAAGCGCCGUUGUCAUUAGUCGCUUAAAGACUAGUUACACCACCAUCGAGUACCGUUACCGCACAAAUCUGAAUGCAUGCGUCCAGAGUCUCAAUGCACCUACAAAGCAUUCCUCAAGAGCAAGGUCCAUUGUCAGAUGCGCAUCCCCAAAGCGGCUCCCAUGA